AUGGGACCACCAGGCAUCAACUCAAAGCUGGCACUGGACAGACAGACAGCACAGCCCCUGGUUGGCGGUGGAAUCUGCAGGCGGGCUGCCUUGGCCACUGUCCUCACAAGCACCGCGGCAGCCCUGUGUAUCGGCAUCCUUGUUUAUUUCCCGGGGAAGCAAGAAACCCACUUCGAGCACAUGGCAGAGCUGCGAGGGAUCCCCUACCGGAGCAGUUUGCAGCAGCCCAGGACUGGCUACUCCCGCCUGCUGACCCCUAUUCUGGAGCAGCUGUUCAAAAGCAGCUUCCAGAACUCUCCCCUGGACGGCAGCUGCUCCAGGUGCACCAUCUUGCAAUACAGGGAGGGCAAUGCCAGCCUCAUUGUCCGCUUCCACCUCUGUUUCUCUGCACCGCCGCCCAGCCCUGGCAUCGAAAUGGACAUCCUGAGGCGGGGACUAGCAGCAGCUGUGGGCAUUGAGGGCAUCAGGAUACCCACUUAUGGCACCAUCUCAGCUGCUUCCCUCCUGGCAGGGCCGUGGGACCUCACCUUCUCGGGCACAGGACUCAAGUCAGGACUCUGUCCAGGGGGGGCCUUUGCCUGCCACGAUGGCCAGUGUGUAGCCCCAGGAAACCUGCAGUGUGACGGCUGGAAAGAUUGCUCGGAUGGUUCUGACGAGGCCGGGUGUGACUGCGGGACCCGGCCAGCCAUGCGAUCCGCCACUCGGAUCGUGGGCGGAUCGGAGGCGCUGCUGGGCGAGUUCCCGUGGCAGGUCAGCCUGCGAGAGAGCAAUGAACACUUCUGCGGGGCAGCCAUUGUGACGGCCAGGUGGCUGGUCUCCGCGGCACACUGCUUCAACGAGUAAGCCCGGGAACCCCCUGCAGUGGGGGGGCACCAAGGGGGAACGAGAGGCUGGCGGGGGGUGGUAGUGAAGCCGGAGCUGCUCCAGAAAGCCACGGUGGAGCUGCUGGACCAGGCUCUGUGCGGCGACCUCUACGGCAGCAGUGUGCUCACCGACCAGAUGAUGUGCGCUGGCUACCUGGAGGGCAAGGUUGACUCUUGCCAGGGCGACUCCGGGGGGCCCCUGGUCUGCCAAGAGCCAUCCGGGCGCUUCUUCCUGGCAGGGAUAGUCAGCUGGGGGAUUGGCUGCGCGGAGGCCAGGCGCCCAGGUGUUUAUACUUGUGUGAUCCGGCUCCGGGAUUGGAUCCUCGAGACCACGGCCAUAUCCAGGGGCCCCACCGCCUCAGCCAUCCCAGGCACUGGGCUCCAUCCCUCGGCUCCAACCGUGGGCACAAGUGCAGCCACCCCAAGCAGACCGGCAGCCACGAACCCCCAGUCCUCAGGUAGGGCAGCUGGCAGGGAGUGAGUGGAGGCGGGUCGGCCCCCUCCUGCAUCCACCACAGCUGUUCCCUGUUCAUGUGCAGAGUGUGGUCGGCGGCCUGGUUUCUCCAAACCCAUGAAAAUUGUGGGUGGCCUGGAAGCAUCCCAAGGGGAGGUCCCUUGGCAAGUCACCCUGAAAGAGGGUCUCCAGCAUUUCUGUGGGGCCGCAGUCAUUGGGGAGCGAUGGCUGCUUUCAGCUGCACAUUGUUUCCACCACACCAAGGUGGGACACCUCACUGCCUUCGCAGGCACCACCUCACUCUUGGCCACAGACACCUCUUCUGUGAAGGUCGGCAUCCAACAAGUGGUGCUCCACCCUUCGUAUGACCCUGCCCUACGGGACUUCGAUGUGGCAGUGCUGGAACUGGCCAGGCCGCUGCGCUUUGGCAGAUACAUCCAGCCUAUCUGCCUCCCACUGGCCGCCCACAAGUUCCCUGUGGGCAGAAAGUGCCUGGUUUCAGGCUGGGGCAGCCUCCAGGAUGGCAACGCUUCUCAGCCCGAGAACCUCCACCGAGCCGCAGUGGGGAUCCUCGAGCAGACGACCUGCGAAGGACUGUACAACGUUUCCCUCUCGGACCAGAUGAUCUGUGCGGGGUUCCUCGAGGGGAAAGUGGAUGCCUGCCAGGGGGACUCAGGGGGACCACUGGCCUGUGAGGAGACCCCAGGAACCUUCUACUUGGCUGGGCUGGUGAGCUGGGGCGCUGGCUGCGGGCAGGCCAAGAAGCCGGGAGUCUACACCCGGAUCACCAAGCUCAAGAGUUGGAUCCUAGGCAUCACUUCGCCCCAUCUCGGCACCGCAGAGCCCCUCAGAUCCAGGACCACCGCUGCCUCCACCGCCUCCGGCCCAGAGCAAAGGCCUACGCGCCUCGGCCCAAGCGCCAGCCCUGCCAGCUUCACCACACCCGGGCAGGCGGUCAGCGCCUCCAAGGCCACCCAGCCACCAGGUGCAGAGCAGAAAGAGGCCGAGGGUGCAGCCGUGCCCUGCAGCCCCUCCACGUUCAAGUGCUCCAGCAAAGUCUGCAUCGGGAAAGCAAACCCGGAGUGCGACGGCCUCAUCGACUGCGGCAACGGCUGGGAUGAGACUGGCUGCAACUGCGGCUUGGUCCCCGCUGCAGCCUUCAGCAAGAUCGUGGGAGGAAGCGGUGCAGCGCAGGGCGAGUGGCCAUGGCAGGCGAGCCUGCGGCUGCAGCAAAGGCAGCACGCGUGUGGAGCUGUGGUGAUUGCUGAGCGGUGGCUACUCUCGGCUGCCCAUUGCUUUGACAUCUACAGCAACCCCAAGACGUGGGUGGCUGUCCUGGGGACACCCUUCCUGAGUGGCCUGGAUGGGCAAGUGGGGAAGAUUGUCCGGAUCCACAAGCACCCCUUCUACAACAGCUACAUGCUGGACUACGACGUGGCCCUGCUGGAGCUGGCCACCCCCCUGCGAUACACUGGCUCCAUCCGGCCCAUCUGCCUCCCAGACCGCACCCACGUCUUCAGCGAGGGCGGGGCCUGUGUCAUCACCGGCUGGGGCUCCACCAAAGAGGGGGGCCUGGUGAGCAUGCGCCUGCAAAAGGCCGUUGUCCAGGUGAUCCCGGAGCAGGACUGCCGGAGGUUCUACCCCACCCAGAUCAGCAGCCGGAUGCUCUGUGCUGGCUUCCCGCAGGGGGGCGUCGACAGCUGUUCGGGAGAUGCAGGGGGGCCCUUGGCCUGCAGAGAGCCGUCUGGCCGCUGGUUCCUGGCAGGCGUCACCAGCUGGGGCUACGGCUGCGCCCGGCCUUCCUUCCCCGGGGUCUAUGCCAAGGUGACAGCAGUCCGGGGCUGGAUUGCGCAGAACCUCAAAGCGUAA